GUUAAGAUUUAGUACAAUAUGUGUCAGUUCUUUCUACAAGCUUAAGAGCCGUGGUUGGCCAGGGUUGAUCAACUAAAUAGGACCCUUUUAUUUAAAUUUAGUCUCAAUUAUAUUGGCAUAAAUAGACAGAACAGCAGAGAAGAUUUGCUGCUGAUUGCGUAAAAUGGAUCUUUCCGCUCUGCACCGCUACCCUGACUUCAAAGACGAAUUUUUCCGAUGCACUAAGUUUCCUCAAAAGUGGGACUUCAGAUACACAAAGGGCGAGUUAGCAGAAAACGGUUUCUUCAGCGUCGACAACAGCCCAUGGGUGGUGUGCUUUUCUUGCGGUCUGCAGAUCAACGUUGAAAUCGACAACAGGGACAGUCUGCAGGCGCAGCACGCAGCCAAAUCUCCUUCGUGCUCCAUGGUGACCGGCAAUCACAGCAUCAAUGUUCCACUACCCCACAAAACCAUCUACAAAUGUGAGAAGGACAGGCUCUACUCCUUCCUGACCAGCCACUUUCCCUGGCCUGUGGACGUUUACAAUCUGGCCAAAAAUGGUUUCUACUACGACCGCACCAAAAAGUCUUCCUGUUGCUUCCACUGCAAACUUCAAAUCGGAAGCUGGGGCCAAGGCGAUACUGCGGCGACAGAGCACAUGAAAUACAAUGCCAACUGCAGUUUCUAUUUGAAAGGUGAAGGAGUCGAAAAUGUGCCCAUUGGACAGGAAGACACGGAUCUUGGUCGACAAGUUAUCCAAUCCGCACUUGCUGAGGAAAAUGCCUCAAAGCAGUCAAGCACACUUCAUGUUGUCGAACCGCCUAAGAUCCCUCGAUACAAAGAGAAAAAGGAUCGUGUAGCCACGUUUUCAACUUGGCCCGCAAGCAUGAAGCAGAGACCUGGAGAGCUUGCCGACGCCGGAUUUUUCUACACCUCUCGAGGUGACAUGGUUCAAUGCUAUCAGUGUGGAGGAGGCUUCAAAUUCUGGGGCCGAGAUGACGUGCCCUGGGAGCAGCACGCGAUAGGAUUUCCAGAGUGCCCCCUGGUCAGGGCGAUAGCAAACAAGCACAAGAAGUUCCUUAAUCUGAAACGGACCAAGGAAUCAACCAUUGUUGCUGUGAGGAACCCAGAUCAAACAGAGGAGCAAGAAACCAAGAUCGAGAUCGAUGGAGGCGACUCCAGCAUGGCAGUGGAAGAGAACAGGGAAAUGAAAGAGGUGCGUCUGUGCAAGGUGUGUCUUAGCAACGAGCUCGGCAUCGUUUUUCUGCCGUGCGCCCACAUGGUCACCUGUCCCGACUGCGCGCCACAGCUCACCACCUGUCCCAUUUGCCGGUCAAACUUUUGCGCCUAUGUUCGCGCUUUUCUGCCCUAAUAAGUUUAGUGUCAGUGGAAAGUUGUAUUCUGUAAAUAAAAUGAACAUUUGGAUAAUCUGUCUAGCCACUUACUCAGUUAACAAGCUCCUGUUAUGCUUCCCAAGGGACAUUAAAACACCCUCACCUCAAGCCAGAAUGCGAAUAUUCUUGGGUUGUUAUGUAUUUUAAUUUUACUAACAAAUAUGUGAUCGAGUGCAGUGUAUGAACAAUUUUGAAUUAUUGUGUAAAGAUAAACACUCUAGUUAGAUCUUGCUUUAAUGUCCUCAUUUUUGUAAAUUUGAAAUAGGCGAGUGCCUUAUUGUAACAAAUUAAGAUGGUGACAUAUAUGCUGUAUUUAAUUAUUUUGAUUGGCAGGUUUCAAAUCAAAAUUCAAACAGCAUUGCAUUGGGAUGAAUUUUCAUUAAGUCAAUACAUCGAAUAAAAUGUAUUUAUUAAUCACAAUCA